AUGAAUUUCGAGCUCCCACUCGAGCUUAAAGCUCACCUAGAGUCUAUAGAUUCGUUUAUCCAUUCAAAUAUCCUGCCGCUGCAGCAUGCUGAUGACAAUGAUCGGUUCUUCGAUCACCGUCGUGAAUAUGCACGAACUGACUGGGAUAACAAUGGGAAUCCACGACAGGAAUGGGAAGAGCUGCUAGGUGAGGCGAGGAACCGAGCUGAUGCCGCUGGUUUCUACCGGUUCGCAUUGCCUCGAGUAUACGGCGGCCAGUCACAUCCAGACACCAAUUUGUGGAUGUCAGCUAUUCGAUACCACCUAUCCUCACACCCAGUAUACGGCGGUGGCCUAGGACUAGCCAAUGAUUUACAAAACGAGCACAGCAUUGUGGGGAAUUUCCCCGACGUAUUAAUGCUCCACCAUUUUGGAAACGAACACCAAAGGCAAACCCUCAUUCCAGCACGUCUGAAAGGAGAGUUCCGAACGAAAUUCGGCCUAACAGAACCCGAUCACGGAAGUGACGCAACAUACAUGUCCACAACAGCCCGCCAGACCCAAGGCGGGUUUGAAAUCACGGGGGCAAAGAAGUGGCAGACAGGCGCGCACCACUGCACGCAUUUUCUCAUUUUCGCCCGGACCUCGGGCCAAGCAGGAUCUGCACGAGGGAUCACGGCUUUCCUGGUUCCCCGUGACACGGCAGGACUUCGCAUUGCCAGCUACGAAUGGACUCUCAAUAUGCCCACUGACCACGCAACCAUCGAGCUGGACCAGGUGUGGGUGCCCGAGACGGCUGUUUUGGGGUCCGUUAACCAGGGACUAGCAAUUGCGCAGACUUUCGUGCAUGAGAAUAGAAUUCGCCAAGCGGCCAGCUCAUGCGGGGCUGCGCGGUACUGUCUGGAUCGGAGCGUUGAACGCGCCCGGUCACGCAAGAUAUGGGGUGAGGGGAAGACUUUGGCUGAUAAUCAGGCUAUUCAGUUCCCGGUGGUUGAGCUUAUGACCCAGGUUGAGAUGCUGCGUCUGUUUAUCUUCAAGACGAGCUGGGAGAUGGAUCGUGUUGUGGCUGAAUGUCAGUCGUCGGCAAAACGGCCAUGGGUAGAGAUUGAGCGCCGACUAAGUGAUCAAGUUGCCAUGUGUAACUUCUGGGCAAAUCGACUGUGUUGUCAGGCUGCCGACCGGGCCAUUCAGAUCCACGGGGGCGAUGGGUACUCUCGACACUACCCUUUUGAGCAUAUAUAUCGUCACUUCCGUCGGUAUCGCAUCACUGAAGGGGCAGAGGAGAUUCAGAUGCGGAAAAUUGGCGCGUAUAUAUUUGGAUUUGCAGGCCCAAAGAAGAAAGACAUCGCGGAUGAGCACUCCAAAGCCAAAAUCUGA